UGCAGAAGAGGUUUGAACUGCGGAGUAUCUCUGCUGUGACAUUGCCACAGCGUGUGAUUUGGGCACUGAUUUUCCUGAGCAGAGCAGGAGAUUACCUGCGUGUCUUGUUCUCUGUUCAUUUUUUACUCUUUCAGGUCCGUAGCUUACAGGAUGAACCUGUUUCUAUCCAUACCACUUCCCUCUGGCUGCCGCUGGAGUUAUAGAAAACGGGGCCGUGUCAGGUAGUGUGGACAAGGCAAAGGAACAAGGAACGUUUCACUGAGUCUGAAAUACGCGUCAAACUAGCUCAGGAAACCACGUUAGUUAUUAAAGUAGUAACACUGGAAGGGGAAACCUUCCUUCUUUUCCCUCACUUUCUUGCAAGAGUGGUUUCAGGCUGGGGGGUUUUCUCUGCUAAUGCUCUGGGCAAACGAUCUGCCUUGCACUGGAAAACAGCUGCAUCGGUGCAAAAAGCUCAGGCUCUUCCUCUGCCUGUGUUUUCUAAAACGUGGCUAUUGCUUUGUUCCAUGUGGUCAAAAACUUGAGUCCGGAAUUAAGGAGGGGGUGCUGGAGUCACCCAGAAAUACAAACAUGGGAGUGAGUAAUUGGUCAGCCUCUGCCUAACUUUUGAGAGGAGUUAUUCUCAUGCCUGAGCAGCAGACGAGUGGAAGGAAAGCAGCUGCUGGGAAAGUUAAAGCAAAGUUAAAGGCAUUUAACCUCCUUUUCCCCCUGCACAGCUAAAUGGCCCAUGGAUGUAGGAAGCAUCUUCCAGCAUCGUGCUGCACUGUCAGAAUAAAUGGAGUUUGCCACUGUGACCUUUCGUGGUGACCAAAACUGUCACCAGCAAUAGGAGCAUCACACCUUGGCCAAGAACCAUUCUUGGUCAGGAGAUGUCUGGUAUUGUCUCAGUGUUGCUGCUGCCUUUCUGACGCAUGUAAUGCGGUCACAUUUUCUGCCUCCUGUGUGACAUUUGGAUUUGAAGUGUCAGACUACAGCUACUCACCUUCAAACAAAAUAACUCCACAUCACGUGGCAUCGGCAAUCAGUGUAAUCAGGAACAUUCUCUCUGUCAACAUUUAUAUAUUCAAGCCAGACCUGCCUUUCUGCCCUGCUCCUUUCACUCUUGUUUCCAUGGUCAUCUGGACUUGUAAAUGAUCUGAGGGAUUGUUCAGCUUCACACAUGUUUAAAUUUGGGUGUGGAAUGGGCCAUUUGCUUUGUCACUUGUUCCUCCUUUUCUCAGCCCAAACACAGCAGUGCUAGUUACUCUGGUGACUCCAGCUCACAGCAGUUGCCAGUUGCUUUAACGCUAUGUCACUGCUUCGGGGAAAUAAAACUCGUGAUUAGUUACUGAAUUGUCAUCCUGUCGUACCGAAGGUUACUCUUCAUUUCAGCACCUGAUCAUUAAUACAAGAUCUCAUCAUCCCUGAAGUAGUCUUGACACCUUUUCAAGCCAGCCCAUCCACUGCUAACGGUUUCAGUCUUUGUUUUCAAAAUCCUUUGCAUGCAGCUCCUUAUUGAUCCCCGGGCGAAGGAGGCGUAGUCAAUACAUGGAUCGUUGCCUCAGGAAAGAGUUCUGCAGAUCGCUCAAGACUAGAGGGAGUAAGUAUAGGUCUCGCCCUGAUCCUUUUCAUGAAACUGGGAUUGUUUGCUUGGAAGAAUUCAGCCAAGAGGGUUUUGUACUUGGUCGUGUUCUAGCAAGGCCCAGCAAAGGGGCAUUGACACUGUCCCAAGUUACGAAGCCGUUCCCCGGUACGACCAUCCUCAACGAAUCCUUUCUACUAAUCAGGCGCUCGGGGAUGGUUGGCGGAUUGCAGUGCACAGUGUGUGCUCCUGUUGGAGUAGGGGUAUCCUCUUUUCACUGGUCCUGGUAGAGGAAGGAGCAAGAAUUCCACAGCUGCUUCACAGAUCCUUUCCCUUCCUCCUUCCUGGUCCUUCUCUUGUAUGGCAAUAUCUCCUGCUGCCUUCCAAGCCAACUGUUAUCUUCGUGGUAAUUAUACCUAGAAACUAGCUGCCUCUCUAGUCAUUACGGAAUUUGCAAUGUAUGUUAACACCUGAAGGCACUAACUCAGAACCCAAAGUCUGGGGUGGCUUUUUUUGCAUCUACUUUGCUCUGUUGUUAGAGGAUGAAUUUUGAUGUGAAGCUGUAUUCUUUUUUCUUAAAUAAGUCGUAAGAGCCUCGUACUGAAGCGUUGUAGGUGUCUUGGCUCCCACUGAGUGAGGAGUGAUGGUGCAUGGCUGAGAUUAUUAACGGCUGCAGAUCAUAAAAAGAUGUCGCUGGUGACUGGGGGACUGACACUAUGAUUUUCUUCCACAGUCGGAUGCUCUCAGUCACCCAAAGGCAUUGGUUAAUUACCUGCUUGCUCCCUACCUAGGCUGAACUUGAUGAACAGCAUUUCCAUGUACAGCAGCCCGAGAAGCAGCAGAUGUUCAGGGUUGUUUCCCAGGCCUCAGCCCAUACUGCUGCCUGAACUUCUGACCGAGCACUGAAUGCCAGAAAGCAGGCCUCGGUUGGCAGGCAGAGCCCGAGGGUGGUGCCAUACCCAGCCCACAGUCUAUGUCCUGGAGAGCCUGGCCUUCAGAGUGCAGCAGUUGUGUCAAUGGGCUCAGCUGAUCAUCGACUGAACCUAGCAGAGAUCCUUUCACAGAACUAUGGUGUACGGGAAGAAAGGGAAGAAGAAGAUGAUACUCAGGAGAAGCAGAAGUCUUUAGAAGAGCUGGAGAAGAGUUUCAGUGCCUCUCAGCUGGUGUUGUACUUGGUGAUUGUUCCAUUCCUGAUGAAGCUUUGUCCUCCUCUCGCUCAGAGCAGUGAAAUGCCAUUUGAGGAGCUGCUUGCACUUUAUGGCUAUGAGGCAUCUGAUCCCAUCUCGGAGCAGGACAGCGAGAGCAAUGAUAUUACUCCAAAUCUCCCAGAUAUGACUCUGGAUAAGGAACAAAUAGCGAAGGAUUUGCUUUCAGGGGAAGAAGAGGAGGAGACACAGUCUUCAGCUGAUGAUCUGACUCCAUCCGUCACAUCCCAUGAUGCAUCGGACCUAUUCCCAAACCAGCCUGGCUCAAACAACUUCCUUGCUGAUGAAGACAAAGAGCCCUGUUCAUCUCCGUGUGCUUCCUCCAUGGCUGAGGAUUCGGAGGAGGAUUCCAUCCCAUCCAAUGAGUGUAAGAAGGAGAUCAUGGUUGGACCUCAGUACCAGGCCGCUGUUCCCAUCCUCCACUUAAACAGGCAUGGUGAAAAAGUGCUUUUUCCGUUAGCCUAUGAGAAUGAAGAUCAGCUGCUUUGGGACCCAAACAUACUCCCCGAGAGAGAGGUUGAAGAGUUCCUGUACCGUGCAGUGAAGCGGCGAUGGGACGAGCUGUCUAGCAGCAGCCUGCCAGAAGGAGAGAUGGUGAAAGACAACGAACAGGCUCUGUAUGAACUGGUUAAAUGCAACUUCAAUGCGGAAGAGGCACUGCGGAGGUUACGGUUCAAUGUGAAGGUUAUCAGAGAUGAGCUCUGUGCCUGGAGCGAGGAAGAAUGUAGAAAUUUUGAACAUGGCUUCAGGGUCCAUGGGAAAAAUUUUCAUCUUAUCCAAGCAAACAAGGUCCGCACCCGGUCGGUGGGCGAGUGUGUGGAGUAUUACUACAUGUGGAAAAAGUCAGAGCGCUAUGACUACUUCACUCAGCAGACUCGUUUAGGAAGGAAGAAGUACGUCCUCCACCCUGGAGCCACGGAUUACACUGACAAUGACUUGGAUGGGGGUGAAGUAGAAAAUACCAGUCGUUCUCGGAGCUCCCCACCAAUUCCCUCUGCAACUAGCUGCCUGGAUUCGCACUUCGGUCAAGAUCAGAUAGCAAUAGAGAGCACAGAGCCCCUGAGCGUGGAGAGCACAGCCUGCAGCCUGGGCAGCAUGAGUGAAUCGGGGCAAGGCUACGAGUGCAGUACUCCUUCGGAGACGAAUUGUUCUUUUGACCCCACGGAGGAGACGUCCUCAGGUGCCAUCUCUGCUUCCUGCACACAAGACACUGUCAACCCCUCAGAAUCGGGGCUCUAUGCUUUGCCGCCGGCAGGACCAGGACUAGCAGAGAAGCAGGAGACGUUGCAGAGCUCUGGUGAGACGAUAACCAUGGACUUCACUCUCCCCGCAGACAUUAACGAGGGUUUGCCUUUAAUUGCUGGCCCUGUGGAUUUGGACAGAGAUCCAGAGGCAGUAGUGGCCCCUGCGCAAGUGUCCUUAUCGGUCACAGAUUUUGGCCUCAUUGGCAUCGGAGAUGUAAAUAGUUUUCUGACUGCUCACCAGGCUUGCCCAGCACCCGUGGCUCGGUCAGAGCCUUUGUCACAGUGAGAGUCUCCAGUCACAAACUUGUCACAGACCCAGCAAGGACUUUGACCUGACUGAGUGAAAUCCUGGAACUUCCACUGUUCCGUAGGGACAGUUCGGAGCUGUUGGUCAGAAUCCGUCUUUCCAUCCUCCUUGAUCCAAGGCUACAGUGAAACCAAACACCUUUCUGCUCCAGUGUGUUCCGACACAAUCACGUAAAGCUGGUGGCUGGCUUUAGUGAGGGGGGAGGUCCACCACCCCCUGUUCCGUUGACCAUGUGUCACCCCAGGUAAUGCCAGGCUGUGCGGAGAAUGCCUGCCUCGGGACAGGGGAAAUGUCCCUUGGCCCUAGUGGGACAGUGUCAGCGCAGAGAUGCUUUGAGAACAGGGGGUGUGUCGCCACACUUUGGGGGUUGGGACGGAGGAUGCAGUCUGGAGGUCCGAGAGCUUAGGAAACCCGCAGGGAGCGCAGUCCCCCCGGGCUGCAGGGCAGUUUGCCUGCAGAGACAGGCACGGCGAUGCCAGAGGAAGAUGAGGAGUCUCGGCCCUCCACCCACAGAUUGUGUAUCG